GCACGCAAUUGACAUUGUUGAUGGGCACCGUAGAUACGCAACGAGCCAAUGCAUGAUGACCAUAUAUCUCGUAGAGAAUCGUGUCUCGUUGUAGAAGAUGUUCGCGCGCCUCAACAGAAUAUACCAAAUCGGAGUCGGUCCCCCAUGCAAGUAUCCCAAACAAGCGAGCGACUGAGCAGGAUGCUCUAAAUCCUCUUCAUCCCCAGCCAUCUCCGUAGAAUUAAGCCCAACAAAUCUCCGAUUGCCAUUGGGCCAAUGAAAGACGCUCACACCAUCGACACCGAGUAGAAUGAGCUAGAAAAAGACGUUUCUGGGAAUGUACCACGAGAAAAACUUGAUCCGCGAUUAGGUUUCGACGAGCGCAAGGCUACAUCGAGGUAAGGCCCGGGGUUCUACAGAUCAUAGCCUCAAUGCAAGUUGACCAUAUAAGGAUGUGGUGAAUACCCUCAUGAACAUCCAAUUCAGUCCAGUUCCAUUCUCUAGUCAUUCUUUUCUUGAUCUCACUCUCAACUUCUGUCUUACCCAAGUCUUUCUUUCAGAAGUAACCAAAAAUUUCAUUCCAUUCACCCGAUAAUACUAUUUCCCAAGUUCAGCAUUUUCAUCAUGAAGUCAGCAAUCGCUUCUACUAUUUUGCUCUCCUCGCUCGCCCUUGCAAUGCCACAGCCCGAAGCUCGCGCAGCCCAGAAAACCGAUGUCGCCGAUGGCAUGGACCUCGUCAUCAGCGGCAAGUCAAAGUGCAAAACCAACGCGGUUCUUUUCGCGCGUGGAACCUUUGAUUCCGGAAAUAUCGGUGUCUGGGUUGGCCCACCCCUGGAGCAGGACGUAGGCGAUGAAUUCAACGGCGAUGUCUGGUUCCAGGGCGUGGCUGAGAAGGACUACCCUGCCUCAUUGAGCGACUACGUCAAGACCAGCGGCAGCAAGACGUGUGCUACCAGCUGUGCGAAAACCGUGACGGACUAUGUCAAGAAGUGCCCCGACUCCAACGUGUUUUUAUCGGGAUGGAGCCAAGGUGCGCUCUGCACUCACACCUGCCUCGACAAGCUCAAAGGAUCGACUGCCCUGAAGAACAUCAAAGGCGUCACAACAUUCGGUGACGAAGCGGGACUCAUGGAUCCCAAAGACGUCCCCCCAUUCCCCAAGGAUAUCCCCGUCAAGCAAUUCUGCGUCGAAGACACAGCCGCCCCCGACGUUCUGUGCACCAAGACCCUGAGCUCCGGCUUCAAACUUCCCGACAGUAUCAGCGGAUACAAAGACCUCGUUAUUGACGCCAUGGUUGGUCUCACUAGGGUCGCCGUCAGCAGUGAACAACGCAAUUCGGUUUCCAGCAUCCUUUUUGGCAUGGCGUCGGGUUUCUUGGGCGUUACGGAUUACUUUCUCGCUGAUGUAAAGGCUGGAAAGGUCAGGAGGUGGGCGGUUCUUCCUCAGCACUUCAAAUAUGCUACCAAUGGUAUGACAUCCGAUGCUGCUGAGUGGAUGAAAGCCCAGGUCAAGCGCUAA